AUGAUCAAUAGUAAUGAUGAGUUAAUUAUAGAAUGGGGUAAUCUUCCAAUUGCGCCUGAGAAGUAUUCAGGACAAUUAAAAUUAGAAAUAUCUUCGAACUAUCAGACUAUGACCAAAACAUAUGACAGUAACAAAAUAUUCUGUGGUACAAACUUUCAUCGAAUAUCAAAUGAAUAUUUAGAUAAAUUUGAAAUCAAUAAGAAAACGAAAUGGGUAACUAGUGACAGUGAGUUAAGUGGAUGUUGGAAUGGUGAUGAUGAUUCAGCCUAUUUCAUAGGUAUUUGUCGUAAUGAAAUCUAUUGGUUAGGAACCAAUCGAAACAAACGUCGGUCACAGUAA